AUGGCCAAAAAGAAAGCGACCCAUCAACCCAAAGACACCACUAAACCAGACCCAGAACCACACCACCACACCCACCACCACACCACCACCACUACCCAGAAACCCGCCGCCGCCAUGGACGACGGGUCGUCGGAGAAGCUCGCCAAUCUCAAGUCUUUGAACUCUCUGCUGCUGAAGGAGACCCUCGACCGGAGGCAGCAGGUGGAGGCUUUGGUCAAGGCCAAGAAGGGUUUGGAAUCUGAGCUGAGUAAGUUUGGUGAUGAGAAGAAGGCUUUGGAGAUUGAGUUGGGUAAGAAGAGUGAGGAAAGCUGUGUUCUUGAGCUGGAGAAGAGUGUUUUCGGGGUUUUCGUGGCGGCCCAGAUGGGUGAGAUUGAGGGGGUUAUGAAGGUUAGAGACGAUGAGGUUGAGGUUUUGAGGAGGGAGGUGGAGAAGUUGUUGGGGAGUGUUGAGAGUGAGAAGGGGAAGGUGAGUCGAGUUUGUUGGGAGAGAGAUGUGGUGAAGGGGGAUUUCGAUGGGCUUGCUGUCGAGGCGAAUGGAUUGAGGUCGAAGGUGGUGGAGAUGGAGGAGAGGGAGAGGUGUGCGGAGGAGGAAGUGGAGAGGGUGAGGUUGCAAUGCCGGGGGCUGGUGGAGGAGAAAUGUGAGAAGGAGAGAGUGGUUGAGGCGAUGAUGAGGGAGAAGGAUGUGGCGGAGAGGAAGCGUGGGGAGUUGGAGAGUGUGGUUGAGGAUUUGAAGAGGGAGAUUGGGAGGAUUGCGAGGGAGAAGAAUGAGAUUGAUAAGGCGAAGAGUGGGCAGGAAGUGAUGGUUUCGUGCUUGGAGAAAGAGGUGGGGAAAUUGAAUGAGGUUGGGUUGAGUUUGAGGGCAGAGAAGGAGGGGUUGGAAAAGAAGGUUCUGGAGCUGGAGGACUGUGUUGGUGAGGCUGCGGCGAAGGAAAGGGAAAUGGAGAGGGAGAUUAAGGCCUUGGUGAAAGAGAAGAAGGAGAAGGAGGAUAGUGUUGAGAGAUUGAAUGAGGAAGUGAAAACGCAGAAGGAGAUAUUGGAUAUGGUUACUGAGGAAUUAAGGAACAAGGAGCAGAGACUCAAGGAAGAAGCACAGAAGAAGAAUGAGAUUGAGGAGGCAAAGGCCAAUCGAGAUGGUGAAGUUGCUGAGCUGAGUAGACAAGUGGGUGAGCAAAGGGAUGUUAUAUUUACUCUGCGAAAAUCCUUCAAGGAGCAGGAAGAGAAGAAUGCUGAGUUGGUUUCUCAAGUUAGUCAAUAUAAAGAAACUGUUGAGCGUAUUGAGCAAGAGAGGGCUGAGGCUCAGAAAAGUUUGGCUGAGCAGAAAACGAUAGUGGAAGAUUUGAAGCUGAUUGUUUCCCAAAGGGAGGAGAAGGUUAAAGAAAUAGAGCAAUUGUUGGGGAAACUGAGGAGUGAGAGUGAUAACAUUACUGAGAAGAAUAAAGUGAUGGAAAGCAGCUUAGAAUCAUUGGCAAAGGAAAAUGAUAUCGUGCAGAAGAGCCUUUCUGAUGCUCAGAGGGAAAUUCAUGAUUGGAGGGUUAAAUAUGAAUCGGCUGGGAGGAGCUCGAAGCAAGCAUUGACUAUGUUGAAGAACACUGCAGCAUUCCUAGCUUCUCAGUCUGAAGGGAAGAAGGAACUGGCUAUCAAGGAGAAGAACCUCGGAGAAGAAGUUCAACCAUAUGCAGCGGAGUUGGAUGCCAUACAGAGUGCUUUCAGAAACAAUGAGAAGAUGGUUGAAGACUUGAAGCAACAACUGGAGUCUGCUGUGGCCCAGGCUCAGAAGAGGAAUAAUUUGUGGAAGUUGAUGUCGUCGGCAGCAACCAUUAUUGCUGCAGCAUCUGUUGCGUAUGCUGCUAAAGGUCGCUGAGUGGCUCACCUGCUGAGGCAAUUUUGUUAUAACAACUACCUUGCUAUCUUGUUCAAGGUCUACUUGACGACACCAUGGAUAUCAUGUAUGUCCUUUUUGAACUCUGAUCUAGAUAAUAAAUGUGCAUUUCUAUUACAGCCUUAGCUUCUUUUCUACUGCUUUUGAUCCAUGAGAUAUCAGUCAUCUUAAGUU